GUGUCGGCCGGCGCUAGUCAGAGUGUGACCGGCGCGCGCGCAUCCCGCUCAACACGGACGCGAUCCAAAAAUACCGACCCAGCCCGGCCGACCGUUGACAUGGGCUGACGUGCACGGCGCGGCCAAAAACCCAUACAAACAACAUUAAAUAACUUGUGCGCGAUAAUAAAUGGUGCAAUGUCGCCGACUGCGAUCAGCGCCGAUCUGCCGCAGUGGUGCGGAAAGGCUGAAGGCUGUCCACAAGCCCUACUCGGCUGGCUAUACUUGACCCACGAUCAGAACGAUCAGUGGAUGCCAGGCUCGGCAUGGGGUCCGUUACCGACUGCGGCACCACGGUCCGCCCCACCACCAUCGGACGACACCAGUUCUCUCGUGGAACAGCUGACGGCGUUGUCCUUACGUCGGCCACCUCGGCCCCCACCACCAGCUUACAUGUGUCACUUGUGCUUCAAAAAAGGGCAUUACAUUGGAGAUUGUCCGCAGGCUCGUCCAAAAGGCGAGGGUCUGACUCCGUAUCAAGGCAAGAAGCGAUGCUUCGGGGAGUACAAGUGUCCGAAAUGUAAGCGCAAGUGGAUGAGCGGCAACUCUUGGGCCAACAACGGACAGGAAUGCAUCAAAUGUCGCAUUAAUGUGUUCCCUCACAAACAGCGACCUCUAGAGAAACCAGACGGGCUGGACGUGAGUGAUCAAUCGAAGAUACACCCUCAGCAUUUGUGCCAAAAGUGCCGUUCUUUAGGCUAUUAUUGCCGCAGGGAGUAUUGAACGAAAUCAAAACAUAUAAAAAAAUAUAGAGUAGAAAAUAAUAUAUUUGAUAAUGACUAAUACGAUAUUCCAUCAAAUUUCAGUUACAAGAUGUCUUCCUUUUCUGACUUUCAGGAUUGUAUUGUAGAAAAUUAAAAAUAGCAUCGUUUUGUUUUUACUUUUAUUUAUCACCAACAGUUUAUGAUAAAUCCAAAUAGUUCGCCUCGUGUAGGUUAGAUGGCACUGUUUUCAGAAAAUUCUAAAAUAAUUUUUUCGCCGCAUUGACACCUUAUUUUCUAAUUAUUUUUAACGAUAAGUGAAUUUGUGUUGUCUUACUUAAUUUAGUACUUAUGUUAAAUAUUGCCUUGUGCGUUAGCUAUUCUAGAAAUAAGUCAUCUUUUAUAAAAUAUAUUUUUAAAAGGUUUAUUGUAUAUUUCGAAGUAUUUGUUGAUAUAGUCAUAUCGUAUGUAAUAUGUAAAAUGACCCAUUUUUAGGAUUUAAAAAUUAAAAUUGCCUAAACUACCGGUUGCUUAGAAAAACAAUCGAAAAUUUUUCGACAUAUCAAUAUACCAUAAGUGUUUAAUUAAAUUUUAAUCAAUUCGUGUAGUUGCGGUGUUAACGACAAGAGUUUUUCGUCAAAUUUUGUAAACGUGACUAUGUACAAAAAAAAAAAUAACACAUCGACGCUUGAAAGACAAACGUGACUAAGCGACAAUGCGUGAACUCUACAGUAGACUAAUUUAAAGUUGAAAUACCUGAAAAAAUUUAUAUUUUAACGAAUCUAGCUGUAGAAUUGAAAUGAUUUUAAUAGACCUAGAAAUAUAUAUUUUUUGCUCAUCGAAUAUGGUUAUUGCCUAUCAUUUAUGUACAAAGCAGUUAUUGUCACUUAGUCACGUUUGCCUUUCAAGCGUCGACAUGUUUUCAUACGCAUUUUUAUCUAUUCGGGAUAUUUACCUUCACGGACUCUAAGACUUGAGUAAUGUUAAAGCAAAAAAAAACACCCUUAAAUAAGAAAUCGAACUAAGAUUCCAGUUAAAUCUUUUUUCUAAUUCCUUGAUUUCGGUCAGGAUAAUAGAGCGUGUGAAAAUUUUUAAGUCCACCGGAUGGACGUCUUGGAAGUCGGUGAAAGAUUCUGAAAUUCAAAAUAUUCAUGCAGGUAACCCUUCUAUAAAACAAUAGAUUCUAUAUUAGAUAUUACGAUACUAUAUUGGAUAUUGUAUUAGAUAUUACGAUACUAUAUUAGAUAUUUCGUUCCUACAAAAUCCCGUGUUAUGAGAAACCGUGUUAUAUGAGACUAGAAACCAGUACAAAAGCAGUGCAAUUUUUCUGAUUGACACAUCUCAACUAAUGCCUAUAUUUUUUUUAAAACUAUAUUACUUAAAAAAGAAGCAGUAAAUUUUCGGUUAUUCUCACAAUAUAUUGUUUGUUAAUAGUGCAUAAUGUAAUUUCCUAAAUAAAUUUAAACAAUAAUCCCGUCUUGUUAGAGUGGAAUCGUGUUAUAAAUUACCGUGUUAUAAAUUACCGUGUUAUAAAAGGUUUACCUGUACUAACAUACCAAGCUAAUGAAAUCGUGUUAAAAUUGUAAUAUUUUUUCAUUAGCGGAAAACAAUUAACAUGUUGUUUUAGUGAGAUAAUUAUGACCAAAUACACUCCAAAGCUAUUAAGGUAGGCCUGCGUUAAACGAAUGUGGAAAUUUUAUAAAAUUUAGAGUUAUAUUUAUAUGUAAUGAAUUUAUUUAGAGCUAAGACAUAUUUACAUUAUCUCCGGCGUUGCAAGAUACUUACGUUAUUGUUAUAUGUAUAUUUAGUAUUAUUACAAUAUUUUAUUUAAACAUUUAUUUAGGUAUUCGUUAUAAUUUUGUUCAUAUCCGUGUUAGUAUGUAAUAUUUAACCGAUUAACAUUUACUAUGUGUAUAAAGUAUAUUACUGUUAUAAUAUAAAUAAUAAUAUGUAUUAUAUUAUUCAAAACUAAAUUUGGAAAAAUGCGUUAAAAUAACAUUAAAACUAAGAAACUUUUCUAAUUAUAAUCGACUAUGAUAAAAUAUAAUUUGCAAUAGAAAAAAAAAAGGCAGUAAAUUUUCGUAUCGUCACGAAAAUCCUGUAUCUACAAUUAUAUGUAUUUUAAAUAUUUUUUAUUAACAUUGACUAACUUACACUAACUUCAAAGAAUCCAGUGAAUUCUGAAUGUGCCAAAUGUUGUUUUAGUGUUUUAAGAUUAAGGUUAAAAACAUUUUACAUUUUAAUUUACAUUAUGCUAAGGCUUAAAGUUGAAGGGAUUGCAUAUUUUAUUAAGUUCCUUCAAAGUUCCUAAUUUUCAUAACACCGAAUUAAGUACGACUAAUUCUGAAAGAAUAAGACGAAUAAAUAAAUAAGAACGCCCACCUAUAAGUUUGGGAAUUACGGCCCAGAACGUAAGUGGCCCAGACUCGUUCAAGCUCAAAUAAAUAGGGCCAGACCAGAUUCGAAAUGAUUACUUACUUAAUCGGCAGUCUCUCGUUUCUAUAACCAAGGGUCAAUAACUUUCCGAUGCCUGUAAGCUGGAAAAAGCUGCCGAUCUUAAUUUGAAUUUACAAACCACAGCUUUUUUUUUCAUACGUCUCCCAAAGCGGUAUAAAGUUUAUUUGUAAACUUUUAAAUUUUUUUAUGAUACUAAAAAAUUUAAACUACUUAUUUUGUAAGUUUGUAAUUUUGCUGAAUCUACGGUGCUUUAAGAACGUAUUCGGUUGUAUCUGUGUGUGUUUUAUGUGUUUAUUUGAAGACAUUUACAUAUGUAUUUACGUGAAAUUGACAGAGCUUUCAAGGGAGAAAUACAUAAAUUAUAGAGAUACAUAAAUUAUAUUAUUUACCUCUAGGGGCAUAAACAAAUUAAAUAAGUUUGAAUUGAAUUAAAAUAUACCGCCUCGUAUACAACAGAGCGACUAAAAAAACUUCAGACCGGCAUCUGCCAAUAUUUUUUUUAUAAUCACCUUUAUCUUCAACGUGUGAUGCAUGUUAAUCUUUGAUGUGCUUUCCUAAUAUAUAUCGGUUUUCAGUUUCCUAAUAUAUUCCUAAUAUACUCAGUUGAAUUAUGAUCUAAAUCUAUUAUCUAUAUUUUAAUAUAUAAUAGAAUUAUUCUGCCCGUGUAUAUUAGUGUGGACCGGUUUUGGUGAAAAAUUUUCAAUCUAUUCCAGUUAAUUCGAGAACGGUUUGAAUAGAAAUGGUUGGAGAAUGGAAACCUUUGUUUUUUUUCCCCUUGAAAACGGUUCAGAUUUUUUUCUCAAAAAAGGUUCUACUUUUCAAAUAUAAGACAGGACACUGUCUCUCUCGGAUCCGCUAGUAUCUCUAUAAUAAUCUAAACCUAUUUUAAGCUUACCUUUAUCAUAAAUCCCGAUCUCUUUGUCCAGAUUUCGCGAUUAUUUGUAAUAACAAUAGGUUAAAGUUAAAAAUCUCUUAUCUGGGUAAUUAGAAAAUACGGACAUUAUACAAUCAAUAAGGAUAGUCAGACUAAAUACAUCUUGAAAAAAAGAUGAACUUUAUAACAAAAAAUUUUUGCUUUUACACGCUUUUUUACAAUAAAAUCAUUUUUUCUUACCCUAUUAUUAAUUUAAAUUUAUUAAAAUUUAUUUUCUAUUUGAAGUUUCUAUAAAAGCGCAUUUUUUUAGUUUUUUUAAACUAUUAUUUUACCUUUUAUUUUUUAGUUGAAUUUCACUUUUUUCAAAUUAUUUUUAACACCGUUUUGAAGGGGGUUUAAAUUAUGUUCAAAGAUUCCGUUACAUACUAACAUACAUACGUCUGAAGCUAAUAAAAGCGUUAUUAAAAACAUCUAAGUCACGAAUUCGAUUCUCUUUUUGUUGCUAUGUGAUUUUCAAAGGCCUUCGCACGUAAACGUAUGUAUAUCUAAAUUGUUUGCGGAGUAGAAACCAUGAUAAUGUACUUCAGCAAUGGAAAAGAAUACUAAUUUUAGCAUGUUCAUUGUUCGUAAACAAAAUAUAAGGAAGGUAGACAUCAGACUCAUACCCGCGUCAUACAAAGCCGUUGAUCAACAAAUGAUGUUGAUUUGUAUUAAAUUGUGUAUUUAUUUACUACAUAGAUAGGCGAGCGCAGUCACGUUUUUGAUACAUCGAGUAACAGAGGAUAAAAUAAAUAAUUAAACAAAAUCCUUUGGGACUACAAUAAUGUCCACGGUAGCGCGGUCUUCGUCAAUGUUCCUUCGGAGUUGUCCGAUUGCGCUGAACUUAUUUUAAGUGAAAUAGAUGUUUUUUCUAAUUGUCUCACUACUUACAGAAAAAAAUCUGUCGCGGAUCAUCUCCCAAUUAAAUUAAUCUUAAGCAAUGAAUGAAAUGUAUUCAAAUCUUAGCUGUAUAUUUUAUUUUUAUUUUUGAUGUUAAUGCACUGUCGAUUGCACCUAUAAUUGAGGUGACAUCUGCCAUGAACUUUUGUCAAUUUGUCAAUGUUUUGUAUUGAUGAUCACUUUGUUGGUGCAACUUAUUAAAUAAAUAAAUCGCCCAUAGACAUGUCGCACCCGUCAUAUCGAAAUAAACAGGACCAAGGUACCUGGACGAAUUGCGUAUUUCUGCCGUCAAGCGUGAAGGUUUGAAGAGUGGAGCAGUCGUACUCUUAAAACUGAGACCUUAUGACUUUUAUCCCAAGGUGGGUAACGGCAUCUUUUCGUUGUAGAUGUCCAGCCAUUUCAGCAAAUAAAAAAAAACUAUACACAGUCAAAUAUAAAUAUUUAGGUGGUUUGAUUUUUAAAACACAAUUAUUAUUGUGUUUUUAACUUCGUUGUAGAAGAAUAUUUAAUAGUGCGUAUUUCAAUUUAAAAAAAAUUGGUACCUACCCGCCCGCGAGAUUCGAACCUCGGCACAAUCACAUCGCUCGAAUACACAAGGCCUCUUAUCCUUUGAGCCAAGAUGGCUUCAAUAAAUAUAACGUUGUCAAUUUCGAUCCACUUCUUUUGCGUACAGUUCUAUCGCUGUCAGUACAAAUACUAGUUUUUUUCUUACAACGCCAAUAAUAUAGAAUUAAUUAUUACGGCCUUUUUCGUGUUCUUGUCAAUUUAAAAAAAAUCCGAAUUCCUAUCUUCAAUUGUUUCUUUCAACUGAGUUGUAUUCCGACCACUAAAAUAUACGUAUAAUUCUAGAAACAUUUUAAAUAUGAUCAUUAAGUACUAUAUAUUUUAAUUAUAAUUCAUUUUAAGACGAAGCGUUAUUUUUAUUCAAAUAUUUUUUUAUAAAUUUAAGUUUUAUUUCUUAUGUUAUCUUAAAAGUAAAACAGAUGAAUAUAAUCAUUUAACUUGUUACUUGUCUAGAUAAGAUUAUUGAAUUAAAUGAGAUAUUUUUUAAAUAAAUAUUAUGACGAAACUUGUUUUUUUUUUUUUUUUAUUUAGCCCAAUGUUUACGUUUCGACUUAACUAGGUAAACUUAGUUUUUUUUCUACCUAUGCUGUGUACUUAGUGCGAGUUUCUUAACGUUCUCGAUAGCGUAAAAGUUAACCCAAUUUUGUAUGCAGUUGGAACAGCGCCCCUAGCGGCAAACGUACGCAAACGAUCCCAUUCCAUACAAAUAUGAGCUAACUUUUACGCUAACGAGAACGUUAAAAAACUCGCACUAAGCACACUGAUAGCCUUGAAAGACUAUUUCAGCUUCUCCUUGACGUGUAGGUGAGCUCAUGGGGCUCAAACCGGGAUUGUUGCUCACGCUGGCCCUAGCAAGAGCAGUGCUUUGCAGAAUCUACCAUCGGAUCGUAAACGCGACCCACUAAGAAGAUCCGGCGAGAAAUUCAGUGGGCUGUGUCUAUGAGACACUCACAUAGCUCCUGUUGACAUUUAUUCCUUCGUUAAGCUAAUAAAAUAAACGCUCUAAGUGGAGGCGUGUAAGGUUCUUAGCACGAUUUUUAUAUCUAAUGAUUUUCCUGAUAUUUCCCGCGAAAAUGGCGUUUGCGACAGCGCCGAAAUAUCUGAGACUAAUCUUAUCUGAAAAUCGUGGUAAUCGUGGAAUUUAGAAGCAAUAUUUAUAAUGUAAAUAGAUUGAUAGCUGCGUACGUUUAUAGGCUUGAUAGAUUCGAUUAGAAAAGUUAUCCGUCGAUAAGUUAUUGAUAAGAAACAAAAAGGACUAAAGGAUAGAUUUGACUAUAUUUAUUUUACUAUUUUAUUUAUUUCGUAACCGCAAUAACGGAUAGAUAGAUUAUUAAAAACGGCCAUAAAAUAAUUUCUUGUAAGAUUUACUGUUUAUGGGCUAAAAAGAAUUAAAAUAAACUUUAGCCUCUUUAUAGCGAAUUCAGAUUUUACACGGACCUCUGUUACGAGUAGGUUCGAUUAAAGUAAUUUAAAUAAUCAUCGCGAUUAAGAACGAAAUAAAUAAAUAGGUUAGGCGCGUAAAUAGGUUGAGACGUAGCUGAUUUUCCAUGACAUCGAAACAAAAAUCGAAGUGAAAGAUCAAAGUGAAUGAAAAACAGAAAGAAAAAGAAAAAAAAAAUGACGUUGAUUAAGCCUUUAUUGUUGUACACAUAAAAUACUAAAAUAAUAAAAUUAAUUUCGCAUUAUAUUACCGUUUUGUGAAUGAAUCAAUAACAAGACAAGAAUUAACGUGAUUUAAAUUUAAAAAAAUUUAUGGUGAAUAAUCUUAACCUCAGACCGCAGACUGAGAUGAUGAGUUCAGGCAAAUUGUAGAACUUGAUUUCGCUUGAGACAUCACAGAUUUACUAGAGACGUUAAUAAAAAUCACGUUAAUUACAAUUAUCAUGUUAUAUGUGGAACGCAAGUUUCAUUUUAGUGAAGGUAGCCUGGAAGGAUGCGGAUCCUGUGCGGUCUUUCAAAGGCAUUGUCACUAUCGAAAGCGGCUGGCUGAUAUCUUUCAUCGGAUUCUUCGUAAUCGGCUUCCCUCUUGACGAAAUGACGAUCCUCCGGCACAGGUCCAGCUCUUAUCUGGGGCUUCGGUUCAAGCUCACCGCGCUUGCCUUCACCCUGUCCAACCAACGCCAUGAGACACACAAUUAAAAACAAUAGAGUUACUUUAAUUGCAGCGGCCAUCUUGUUUUUUUUGUUCUUCAAAAAUAGUUCGAAACACCAAUUUGUAAU